AUGGACGGAAGCGGAGAUCCCGAAAGGCAACAGGCCCUGGAGCAGUACAAGAACAAACUACUGGAAUCACGAGAAUGGGAGGCCAAGCUCAAAGCCCUGCGGAUGGACAUCAAAGGCCUGCAGCAAGAAUUCGAGCUCACAGAGGAAAACAUCAAAGCGUUACAAAGCGUCGGUCAGAUUAUCGGCGAAGUGCUGAAACAACUGGACGAAGAGAGAUUCAUUGUCAAGGCUUCCUCGGGCCCCAGAUACGUCGUGGGCUGCCGGUCCAAAGUCGACAAGAGCAAACUGAAACAAGGCACGCGAGUGGCGCUGGACAUGACAACUCUCACAAUCAUGCGCAUGCUUCCUCGAGAAGUCGACCCUCUCGUCUACAACAUGUCGCUGGAAGAUCCAGGACAGGUAUCCUUUGCCGGUAUCGGUGGUCUCAAUGAACAGAUUCGAGAGCUGCGGGAAGUCAUUGAACUUCCCCUCAAGAACCCCGAGCUUUUCGUCCGAGUCGGCAUCAAGCCUCCUAAAGGUGUCUUACUCUAUGGACCUCCAGGAACUGGAAAGACCUUGUUGGCCAGGGCUGUUGCGAGCAGUCUCGACACAAACUUCCUCAAAGUGGUGUCCUCAGCUAUUGUUGACAAGUACAUUGGCGAAUCCGCCCGAUUGAUCCGAGAAAUGUUUGGCUAUGCAAAAGAACAUGAACCUUGUAUCAUUUUCAUGGAUGAAAUCGACGCCAUCGGAGGUCGACGAUUUAGCGAAGGCACGUCGGCCGAUCGGGAGAUUCAGAGAACACUCAUGGAGCUCUUGAAUCAAUUAGAUGGAUUCGACUACCUGGGGAAGACCAAAAUCAUCAUGGCCACCAACCGACCCGACACACUAGACCCGGCACUGCUGCGAGCAGGUCGACUGGACCGGAAGAUCGAGAUCCCGCUGCCCAACGAGGUGGGCAGAUUAGAGAUUUUGAAGAUCCAUGCCGCAGGUGUGGUGACCGAAGGCAACAUUGAUUUCGAGAGUGUGGUCAAGAUGAGCGAUGGCCUCAACGGAGCUGACUUGCGAAAUGUGGUUACCGAAGCCGGCCUCUUCGCAAUCAAGGAUUACCGGGAUGCAGUUAAUCAGGAUGACUUCAACAAGGCGGUGCGAAAGGUGGCAGAGUCUAAGAAGCUGGAGGGCAAGCUGGAGUACCAAAAACUGUAG